AUGCUCCAAGAAGAUCUACCGGCGGAACGUGAUAACACCAGCCAACUGUGGCGAAAAGGAUUGGCAGGAGGGCUGGCCGGAUGCACGGCAAAAACAGUAGUUGCGCCGCUAGAGCGAGUAAAAGUUCUCUUUCAAACCUCUCAGCCUGGCUUCGCUCAUCAUGCAGCUCGCCGGUUGGGCGUGCUUGAAGCAAUUCAGAUCAUCCGCAAGUCCUACGGGAUCCAGGCGCUUUUUCAAGGUCAUUCGCUCAUGCUACUUCGCAUAUUUCCCUACGCUGCCAUCAACUUUCUUGCAUACGACCAAUUCCGAAACGCCCUGAGCCCAGCCCCCGAUCAGGACACUCCCCUCCAUCGCUUCAUCUCGGGCAGUUUAGCAGGGGCGAUCUCAACUACCUGCACGUACCCAUUCGAACUGAUUCGAGUGAACCUGGCCGUGCAGAGUCAGCGCACGUCGUUGGCUGCUAUCUGUAACCAAAUCUACCUAACCGGUGGACCGAGGUCAUAUCCUGCGGUCACGAACUUCUACCGCGGAUAUGUACCGGCGCUCUUAGGGAUUGUGCCCUAUGCCGGAAUGUCGUUCUUCGCUCAUGACUUGAUCGGAGACUGGUUCCGGUCUCCUGCGCUGGCGUCAUAUAUGGCUCUUGCGGCGCCCGAACAAACUCCGCCUGGAUCAACCAAACAGGUUCGACUGACUGCCUCUGCGGAGCUCUUGUCUGGCGCACUGGCAGGUCUGGCGGCGCAGACCUUCUGUUAUCCCCUCGAGAUUAUCCGGCGACGCAUGCAGGUCAGCAGCCAGGGGAGAAUUCCGGAUACGGCUCGAAUGAUCUUCGCAGAAAGAGGGAUACGUGGAUUCUAUGUAGGGUUGACGAUCGGGUAUAUCAAAGACGUGCCAACGGUGGCAAUCAGCUUCUUUGUUUAUGACCGCUUGAAAUGGUGUCUAGGCGUGGAUUAG